AUGAUAGAACCAAUGACGUGGAAAGAUAUAGAGAAGAGAAGUGACUUAAAUCUAUGGAAAUCUGCUCUAGAAAACGAGUAUUUGUCACAGAUAAAAAACGAUACCUGGGAGAUUGUACCACGACCUAAAGACCGAAAGCGGCCAGGGGAGGACUUUCAUGAAACCUCGUCCCCUAUUGUAAGAUCGUCAUCCAUAAGAGUCAUAGCUGCUUUGUCCGCAGAGUUUGUAGAAAUCCAUCAAAUGGACGUAGUAACAGCUUACCUGAAUGGAACACUAGAAGAAGAAGUUUUUAUGGAAAUUCCAGAUCAGCUGAGCGAUGUUCUAAAGAGAGUACUUGCUAAAAGAAAGAUUUGUUCGCAGAAGGCAAUAAUAACAGAAGAGAACUUACUUCAGACAGCUAAACGCUGGAACAAGGGUCUUGAUGAAAGUGUGGAUAGUGUGUGUUUAUUAAAAAAGUCAUUGUAUGGCUUACGCCAAUCAGGAUUACAGUGGUAUAAAAGGUUAUCCAAGCUGUUGAUUGAUAUUAGUUUUGAAGCAUUGCUACAGGAUCCUUGUGUGUUUGUUGCGCUAAAAGCGGCGACUGGUUGCGCCGCCGUGGUGUCCCGGUGA